UAGGGAAAGCUACAAAAAUGUGAAACCACUCAAAACGACGCCGUUCGAGGAAGCCAUGUCCUUGAAUUUGAAUUCAAGAAGGACUUCGGGCGCGGACAGUCCCUUGAGCGAGACGGUGUAUCUGGAUGCUGCAGUACAUCUGCAAUGGAACCCCAUGUCACUUCUCUGUAGCUAACCCUCUCCUUAAAACCCUAGUUCCCAGCUCCUCAAUACUCCAAUUCAGACUCCGCCCGGAAAAAAAUGGCGUCGCCGAUCCCCUACCCCGUCGACGACAAAGAUCUUGAUGACGCCGCAUUGUGGGCUGUAAUCGACUCCGCUGCAGCCUCGCACUCCACUUCCAAAUCUCGAAAAACACUGACAAUCAAAUGCGCCAAUCACCAAACUCCAAAUCCAUCACCACCGCCAAGAUUCUCCAAAAACCCUAGAAACCAUCACUCCGGAGAAAAAGAUAUUAGGUUUUCGCCCCAGGGCGAGGUCUUACAUGAACCGUGGAUUCACCACCGCCCUCAGAAAAUUGCGAGGACUUGCAUUUCGGAAUUGAGCGAGACUAGUCCUCUGUCUGUGGUCAAGCACGUGCAGCGCACGCCGAAGACGCCCGCGUAUUCGUCGUCGUCGUCCCCGGAGACCGGAAUGUUUUCUGUGACGGAGUUCAGUCUUGGUUCGGAGAUGAAUCGUUGGCAGGUCGAGGAUAAGGAGAAUGUGGGACAUAGCUUGCUUGGCAAGUUUCCUACUGUGUCAUUGUUCAAAGAAUACCAGAAUGCAGCUAUGGCGAUUCUGGAGAAAACUGAUUACACUAUGAUUUCUGGAAACCCUUUUAUUAAAAAAUCAGGUUGGAGGAAGAUGUCAUGUUACUUUAAUCUCUCUUAUGAAAUCAAGGAUAAGACCAUUGAAUUUGAUGAAAAUCGUAAUGUUCAGCGUGCUGAAUUUGUUGUUCGGGCAUACAUGCAGGGUGGGAGAUUCUCAGAUGGAUGGGGCUCAUGUGAACGGCGUGAGAAGAGGUUUUUAAAGCCAAAUCAUGAUAUUCCUAGCACAGCAGAAACCCGAGCCAAAAAUAAAGCAUGCCAGGACCUGCUAGGAAUAGGAGAGUAUCGACCUGGAGGGAACCAUGGCCAAAGAUAAAGAAAUUAUCACAAUUGUAGGAUACUGAGAAAUGAGGAAUGAAAAAUGAAGAGAAGGAAAUUCUCUUGAGACCCCACAGUAACCCUGUACUAUUUGAAAGCACUCUGUAACUUGUACCAUUUGAUUCAAUUUGACUUUGAAAAUAGAAAGAGAGAAAUCCAUUCCAGGAACAAAGACCAGAAUAAGUGAUACAGCGCAGCUCCUCCUGGUUUUACCUAUUGUCUCAAGGAGGCCUUUUGUGCAGCCACACCUUAAAGCUGUGAUUGCUUAUCAACCAUAGAUUUUUUUCAAGGCCCCAAAUGUGGCACAUUUUCUUUGAGGAGAGAUUAAAAUGUAUGAGGAGGGUGUGUGUGUGUCAUUGGUAAUAUUGUAUGAUCAAUGUAGAACAUCGAUCCAAUGGUGGAUGUGGGAAAAGACACCAAAUGUUUGGUGCUGCUGUGCAUCACUCGAUCAUUAGCUUGUCCAUGACUGGAUUACAAGAACAACUUGUGGACCAAAAAGAAAAAGGUCGAGCUCAGUGACAGCAGACAGGACGAAAGAGUUGAUGUACACCAAAAGCACAAUCCUGCCCUUUUCAACAUUUCAGUCCUUUAAUGGGAAUCUCCUAUGUCCAAAGAAAAAUAGCAUCUGAGGAUGAUUUGCUUCUGAAUGUAUUUUCUUAAAAGCUUUUCAAUCCUAAUCUUUGCAUGAAAUUCAUGGCAACACUGCAGGAUUGAGAGAUACAGGAAUAAAAGUAAUUUAUUAUUAUGUAAAUUAAAAUUCUCUCAUAUUAUGAUUUUUAAUAUCUCUUCUACAUAUGAAUCCAAAAAUUGGGUGAUUCGACCUGUAACGUUAAAUUCCAGAAAUGCCCCUCAUCGCAGUAGUGAGUGGGGAGGUGCAGUGCGUGGGUGGCAGAGUGAGUUUCCUUUUUCACAGUGGCAGCCUGGUAAGAGGCUACUCAGGCUAGAGAGUCGUGUACAAAAUUAUUGAUUCAGCCACUCUCUCUCAACUUCCACCAUCAAAUACUGCCUCCAAGGCGGUGUUCAGAGGAAUGGUAAGACGUCAUUCACUCUCUCUCAGCCCCUCUUCUCUAUCACUCAUUCUUCUCACACACCACUCCACCUCCUAUGUUGCUUUAGGAUUUCUCUAUUCUUAUUCACCCUUUCCUGUCAACACUUAUACAUCAUUACUGUCUCCUUGGCAUUUUUUUUUCCUGCUUUUGUUUUAUUUGUAGCAUUACUAUAGUCAAUAGUGGCGGAAAUGACAGUCCUUUUCUUUCUCUGAGGUCACCUCACCGGGCUUCUGUUAGUAUUUUACAUUAUCAUCAAUCAGUCCCAUUUCUUCCCGGUACCUGCUGAAAUAGGGGAUAUGGCUCAACAGGUACCCAUUUGUCCUGUCUCUCCCUCUCUCUCUCUAAUGGUGUUUUGGUGUUAUCAUAGGAGGAUGGAUGGCCGCUUGGAUUGCAGCCAGUAAAUUUGAGAGUUGGCUUGGUGAGAAAUCGUAAUCUUUCUGGAUCAGUCUCCUUCAGCACUCUGCUCACUGCUUCUCCCACCAACACUGACUCUUCUUCAGAUCUUGACACAGAGUCCACUGGUUCAUUCUUCCAUGACAAGAGCAUCACUCUCGGGAGCCUCAUAGGUCUGUCGAGCAUUCUAGACCUCUCAAGAAGAUCAACAAGGGGAAGAAUGUCAGAAACCCUCAAAGACAAAAAGAACUACAAGUCCAAAACUUGGUUAUUUUCUCUGUGCUCAAGGCUAAACACCGACGCAGUUUGCAUGAAAGAUACACCAUCCCUCGGUCAUUUUCUUGAGGCAGAGAGGAGAGCUGCCACGGGCUACAGGAGAAAUCAGAGCCCAACAAUUCCAGGGCCUGAUGAUUUCUCAAAUGCACUGCCUGUUCCUGAUACAAACUCUCUGUUCAUUGGUGACCAAGUUGCUCCUCGGUCUAGUACCCCCCUGGGUUCGGAGGAUGGAGGACAAUCCAACAGAGACUUGUUGGAGCAUGAUAAUGGGUAUGGAGUAUUGUUUCCAUGUCUGUGCGGACAACUACUUAAAUGAUUAGCUUGGCUGAACUAUUUUUUAUGUUUCUUUUCUUCUUGGGGUUUGGAUCUCAUGUUCAUGAUCAUGAAUUCAAUUUCAAAUUGCAUUAUUUCAAGAGAUGGCUCUCUCCUCCUUGAAUAGUAAAUUCCCAACUCACCUGAGGAGGGUCUUUUUUAUUGA